AUGAAGGAGCCGGGCGUCCGGGAGUACGCGCGUGAGAACUACUCCGACAAGUUCUCGCUUCUGGUAGAAGUCGGUGCAAGGCACAUGACCGGGCAGAUUGACGUGCCUAUGCUCAUGCGCGCUGCCAUCGCGAACAACCACUAUGAGAUACCUGGCGAAGCAGGGCCUUUGAGGUAUCAGUCUCCAAAGCUGACCCGGGAAUGGAUUCCAGGGCGCGGUCGGGGCAUGAUUGCUUCAGAAGACAUCGCCGCAGGUGAGCUUCUGAUUUGCGAGCGGCCAAUGGAUCUCGUGCGACCGGGAGACAGCGAUUGGGCUUACGGAGCAAAUUUGGAGGAGGUGCUGACGCAGCGCUUGACCGCAAGGUGCCUCAACGAGGCGCAGCUGAUGGAAGACGUUUGCACACUUUUUGACGGCCAGGAUCCUGCUGGUCCAGGUUGGGUGCCCCACUCAUGGCAGACCGAGGACUUCGCGGUGCCGAUGCCAAGGGGUGCUGGCACGCCGGUGCUGGAGUAUCGCCUGGGCAGAAUCGUCAAGCACAACGCUCAUCGUUGGCCCGGCUGCCAUCCGCAGACACUCACGCCCAUGCCUGGGCUGGGGCUUUGGCUCGUGCCGCCUAUGGUGAAUCAUGCCUUAGAAUGUGACAGCAGGCCAAACACAGCCCACGUGUUUGUUGGAGAUGUCAUGGUGUUCCGAGCCAUCGCUCCAAUCAAGAAAGGGCAGGAAGUCCUUGAUCGCUACAGCACUCCUCUUGCCGACCGGUUCCAAUGGACCUUGCACACUUUGGCGGCUCAUGAGAUGCGCGAUGCUACCUAUGAGGCAGCCGCAGCUCGUUGGGAAGAGCCAGCGCUUCUUGUGGACAGCACCAGCUCCGAACUGGCUUUGUCCAAGUCCCGCAAGAUCAUGCUGGAGAGUCUGCGACGGAUGGAAAGCAAGGAACCCGGGAGCGGUUUGGACGCAGUCUCGCGGGACGACUACCAGGAGCUCAAAGAUUCUUACUUUGCAGCUGCUGCUGAGACACGACAGGAGCUGCAGGAGGGCCGACUCAAAGAGCUGCCCCUUGCUCCACCGGAGGUGCGUUGCCUCAACCUCCUUUGCCCGUUGAGCUUUCACUUCGAGGGUCGGAGCUCCUGCUUGGAGCUUCGUGCGGAGCUGGCACGACGUGUCUCUUUAGCAAGGCCCUUCCACUUCGGCGAGGUGAAGCUAUGGGCAGAGCUUUUCGAACGAUUCAAGAAGAUGGAGGAGGCCGGGGCGACCUUCAGCGCCGAGGAGACCACCUUGCGAGCAGAGGUAGAUCGCGAGCUGGCGCGCUGUGCCGAAUUUUGGCAGGGUGUCGGUACUCUUCCAGCAAGCGGGAGUGAAGGACAUCAGCUGAAAGAGGAGUUUGCGCUGUGGGUGAAGGGCUCGGAGGGCUUCCAUCUCAUGUGGUUCAGCGAUUUCCCGUUGAGCAAAUUUUUGAGUGGCCCGCCUACGAGCUAA